AUGGCAGACUAUUUCCGAAAGUUCUUUGCAAAAUUAUCAUUGCAACGUUUAGAAGGUAGCCUAGAUAAAGAUUUACAAGUCUGUGACGAAGUAAGUAUUAAUUCUGGUGGUAAGGAUAUUGAGAUGGCUACAAACAAUCGUAGUGAGGCUAACUUCCUUGGUAAAGGCUCUUUUGGAAUAGUAUAUCGUGGAAAAUUGAAAGACACAAUCGUAGCCAUUAAAUUCUUAAAACCUGAAUUUGCUGCAGUCAUUAAGAAAGAACUGUCUUCCCUCGUACGAUUCCAACAUGAAAACUUAAUUCGAUUAUAUGGCUAUAAUCGGAAAAACGUUUGCCUGGUCUUAGAAUUUGCAGCAUUGGGUCCCUUGAGAAAUUCGUUGGAAGCUACGGAGGCCGACGAGAUUCUUACUGCUACACAAAGAAUAGAUAUAAUAUUAGGUACCGCUAAAGGUUUAGAAUAUUUGCAUACUGCGUUUUCAAAGGCAUUAGUUCAUCGAGAUAUCAGCAGUGGAAAUGUCCUUCUCGAUAAAAAUCGUAAGGCGAAAAUAUCUGAUUUUGGAUUAGCACGAUCAGUUCAAGUCAUAGAAAGAGAGUCGAUUUGUGCUACUGCCUUCAAAGCUUGUGGUACUCAUGGUUAUAUGCCACCUGAAGCCAAAUAUGGAGUAGUUUCCAGAAAGUAUGAUGUCUACGGAUUUGGUGUUCUGGUACUGGAAAUUAUAUCAAUUCUUCUGCCAUAUUCAACCAAGAGAUCACCUCAUAUGCUGAGUGAUAUUUACUUUCAAAAGAAAGAAAGAAAACUUCCAUUUCCAUCGGAUAAGAAGAUUAAAUGGCCAGCCAAAUGUGUAUCAGGAUUAUUGGAAAUUGCAGAAAAAUGUUUACAUAUCAAAAGUAAUAGACCUUACAUCGAUGAGAUACGUGAAGAUUUAGAGGUUUUCAUCAAGCACUUGGAUGUUGAUAAAUUGAGUAAAGAUUCUUCCACUACAUCCUUUACACAACAGGACGAAAAUAAAAACUUAAAGAAGGUUAUCGUUCUAAAAGAUGAUACAGUUAAUAUUAGACCUACGAAACCAUCAAGCAAAAAACAACGCCGGCCGGCUUCGGCGCCUGUUACAGCAAAAAAUAUAAAUAUAGAUGCUAAACCUCCUGAAAAGAGCCAAUUAAAGAUUUUUUUCAUAGAUGAUCAAAUCUCCACGAAAGUACAAGAUAAAUCACCUACGGAUGAGGCUAAAACUGUUAAAGAGAAAAAUGCUAUAAAUAAAAAUUCCGCCAAAGUUCAAGAUAAAGCAUCAACGAAUGACACUAAAUCAGCAGGACAAACGAGUCCGAUGACACCAGGAGAAUCACCAGAUCUUGCACUGUAUACUACAGAUGUCUAA